AAUCAAUUCGAAACAUGGGGACCGAUGUAUCACCUCUUCAAUCGAGAAAGGACUGUUUUACAUCCACAAGACGAAGACGAAGACUCAAAAGUAAUUCCAGCCCACAAGGUGCUGCACAUGUGGGGUCAAACAGUAGCUCGACGAACGUGGAUCAAGUACUUUCGCAACUGGCGGCGAGCUACAAUUUGCAAUAGGAGGCUGCGUGCCGCAAUCCAGGCGCUGCACAAUGAGAAGAUCGUAG